AUGUCGAACCAGGAUAUACCGCUGCCGCUCGGGAUCAGCGUCAACGCCAUGGAGAGCGAGGACCACGAGACGGCCGACGAGGAAGCCACGUCGCGCAAGGCCAGCGCGGCGAUCGAGCGCGACGUGUCGGUGCAGGCCUACCUGGAGCCCAUCAACCCCGAGUUCGCCUACCGCGUGCAGCCGUUCGUGUGGCUGGCGCGCACGGCCGACGGGCACGAGUACCUCAAGGUGGAGUACACGGCCGAGCCGGGCUACCACCCGGGCGUGGCCACCUGGUGGCAGCGCACCUACAACCGGCCGGACCCGGCCUUCAACCUGCCCUGGUGGUGGGCGGCGACCUACAAGCGCGACCGCACGAUGCUCACCAAGGAGCUGGUGGCCACGCCGCAGUUCCCCACCGUGGGCGAGCUGGUGCACGUGACGGCGACGGUGCGCAACAAGGCCCUGGUGUCGGCGGCGCAAGUGGACGUGUCGUUCUGGCGCGGCAACCCCGACAACUGCUUUGACCUCGAGUGCCUCACCAUCGGCCACACCCUCAUUGGGUCGGCGACAAUCGACUUCAUUCCGGCGCAGGGCAAGCGCGAGGUGUCGUUCCUGAUGCGGUACGGCGGGGUGCAGAACAUCCACGUGACGCUGGACGACAACGAGCAGCUCGACGAGAUGCACGAGGACAACAACCACGCCUACGCGCUCCUGUUCCACAACGUGCGCGAGGGCGGCUACACGCUGCAGACUCUGCGCCUCGGGCGCACCGACGCGGCGCAAGCGGUCAUCGACGUGAGGCCGCGCACGAACGCCGAUGGCAGCUUCGCCGGCGGCUACACGGUGAGCGCCACCGUGCUGGGCGACACCUUCACGCGGCAGAACCUGGUGGCCCAGUUCUGGCACGGGGCCGUCGGCGGCGGCGGGCGCCUCAUCGCCACCGUCGCGGUGCCGCUGCUCGAGGGCUCGGUCGAGUCGACCAGCACCUACGGCCUCAGCGCCUACUGGCACACGGCCAGCCCGGACCUGCACGCGCACGAGCAGGAGCUGCACGCGGUGCUGCUCCACUCGGGCUUCGACCCGACGCCGGCCAACGUCAUCUCGCACGUGUCGCGGCGCGUGUCGGUGGCGUGCUACGGCGAGAUCGACCUGUGCGGCGUGUGCGGCGGGUUCAACCGCUCGUGCGCCGGGUGCGACGGCGAGGCCCAUUCGGGCGUCGUGGUGGACGCGUGCGGCGUGUGCGGCGGCGACAACUCGACCUGCUGCGUGCCGCGGCCCGGCCAGGCCAAGCUCCACCGCGUGCGGCUGACCUCCGACGUGCUCGCCGGCGCCGGCGGCGACGAUGACCAGUUGAUCAAGCGCGUGCAGGUGGGCGAGCUGGUGGUGUGGGAGAACCUGCUCGACUGGGACGUCGAGAUUGUGGCCGGCCUGCAGGACUUGGGAUCAUACGACCACCUGGCGGCGGCCUUCAACCUGUCGGCCCUGCGCGACCACGACCAGUCCAUCCCUCUCCAGCUACCCCUCGCCGCCCAAGACUUAUCUCAGUUCAUUCAGAAUUAUGUUUCGAUGCUGGCGGUGAAGGACCACGUGGACAGCGCGCCCAGCGAUGACGAGAUCCCAAUCCCGCAGCCGGACUCCACGACCCAGUACCUCCGCCGCCGAUCGGCCACCGCCGGGCCUUCAGAUGCCGCCUGGUUCGGCCACCCCAUGCCGCGCAUCACAACAGUGGACGGUUUCGUGCGGGUUGCGCGCGUACCCAGGACCGAUGACGACGGAGAAGAAGAGGGCGAGGAGCGGCCAGCCGAGUUCGCCAUGGCCGGGGUCUGCUGCGCCCCCGACGGGGAGGAGGAGGAGGAAGAGGAGGAGGCCGCCGCCGCCGCAGCCCAAGGCCGCCAGGGCGGCCGACCGCUGCGGUCAGUGGUGCUGUCCAUGCUCAAGGAGCACAGGCGCCGAAUCGACCGCCUGCGCGCGUUCGCUAACUCGACCACCGCCAACAACCACAACCUCGAGCCGGUCCAGCAACAGGCGAGGGACGCGCUUCGCACCGUGGCCGCCGACUCCGCGUUCUACGACCCGGAAGUCCGGGAGACGAGCGCGUGGGACCUCGGCGGCGGCGGCGCCGAGACGGCGGCGAUGGCGCGGCAGAUCCGCUGCCUCUGCCCGAACCGGGGCGGCUCGAGGCGCGUCAAGCGCAUCGGCGAAGACCCCGCGGUGAUCGGCAUCGGCCCGAAGGGUCCGGCGCGCGUGGGUCCCGCGCUGGGCGUAGGCCCUGGUGCGGCGCGCGGGGGUCCUCCCAGGUCCAUGGGCAUCGGCACUCAGCACGCCAUCAAGGCCGAGCUCGGCCUGCUCGACACGGGCAAGAAAUCGAUGGAGAAGAUGCUGUCCGAUACGGUGUCGGUAAACAACGCGCUGGCGAUCAUCGACCAGGCGCCGACGCUCAUCGACCAGGCGCCAAUGCUGGUCGACGCUUCCACGGGCCUGAUCGCUGCGGCCGGCGACAUGGUCACGACCAUCGCGUCCGACCCGUUGACGCUCAUCACCAUGAUCGACCCCGUAACGCUCAUCGCCGCGCCGGCCAUGAUACCACUCAGCAUGCUCGACAGGGAGCUUUCGAAAUGGCAGGCGAGCGCGGAGGGCAACUCCCUGCAGUACGCGGGGGCCACCACCGGGCGGGUCUUUGUGGGCGUGCUGCGCGUCGGCAUCCCGCUGGCCCUCACCUUGGCACCCUUGGCCUUUGGCGUACCCGUGCCCCCCACGGCCUUAGUGUCCGUCAUCGCGCCCAUCGUCAAGCAGGGCGUCCAGCUCGCCGACACGGCCGCCGGCCACUACGGGGUCCCCACGCUCACCGAUCGAAUGAACGGAGCGGUGGGCAACCUGAUGGACGGUGCCUCCGGAGUGGGGCGCAGCGGAGUGGGGCUCCUGAUGGACGGUGCCUCCGCCGUGACUGGAGCGGGGCGCGGCGGAGUGGGGCUCCUGAUGGAUGGUGCCGCUUCCGUGAGCCAAGCCCUGGUGCCCCGCAGCCAGCGCGGCAACGGAACAACAGCCUACAACCACCACUACGACGACGACGACGACGAUGGCUACUAUGGCCACGACCACGAGAGGCACGUCAGCAAGCGCGCGGGAGGCACGAAUGCAGCGCUGAAGCAGGCGCUGGUCGACCUCUACGGCCGGUUCGACUUUGAACAAGUCGCGAGCAGACCGGACGGGCCGUCGGCGCUGGCGCCGGGCGGCGCGAGCAUGCCGCACCGGUUCUUCACGCCGGGCGUCUACCUGUGGCACGACGCGCGCCACCCGGCCGUACACGGCGCGAUCGUGGUGGAGCCCUCGAGCUACGCGCCGGACGCGUGCGGCGUGUGCGGCGGCGACGGCUCAGCGUGCUACGUGGACUGCGCCGGAGUGGCGGGCGGCCUGGCGACGCUCGACAACUGCAGCAACUGCACGGGUGGCACUACCGGCCUCGAACCCAACUUCUUCAUGAACGCGUGCGGCGUGUGCGGCGGCGGUGGCGGCAGUGAUGAAGAGGGCAACUGCACCGACGUCCAGAGACGCAGCGAAUUUGACCACACGGCUGCGGCGCCCGCGGUUAUGCUCCCGUGCGCCGCGACCGAGGUGCGGGACGAACGCGGCGCGUGCUGUGCGCCGUCCGAGCUCGACUGCGCGGGCGUAUGCGGCGGCAAGGCGGUGGUGGACGAGUGCGACCAGUGCGUGCUGGGAUCCACGGGCCGCGAGUUCAACGCCGCCAAGGACUGCGCCGGCCAGUGCUUCGGCAAUCGUUCCGCCUCUGAUCCGUACGCGUUGCUCGGCAAGCGGGAAUCGGCGUGCACGUGUGCGCCUGGCGAGCUCGACGCGUGCUUCGUGUGCGGUGGCGACAACUCGUCGUGCACCGGGUGCGACGGCGUGCUCCACUCGGGCGCCGCCCGCGAUCUCUGCGGCGUGUGCGGCGGCGACGGCUCGACCUGCUGCCGCCUGCCCUUCGCCCAGGUGUCCGUGGUGGUCCGCGGCUUCGAGCCCCUGGCGCCGCACCGCACGCUCGACGCCGGCGAGACCCUGGCCGUGACCAACCUCCACGCCGGCUACACCUACACGUUCGUGCUCGUGCGCUACACCGACCACGACGAGGCGGCUAUAGAUAGCUGGCGUGAGCUGGCACCGCUGCCGCCGGCCCGCACGCUGCGCACCGUGCUCACCCAGCCGGGCGAGUACCUGCUCACCGCGCGGGAGAACACGCUGGCCACGGUGCGCCUCAGCGUGCGCUACAACGCCAAGAGGCGCGACGCCUGCGGCCACUGCGUCUACCCGCCGACGACGUCGACCGCCGACGGCGAAGACUACGACAACGACGACAAGCGGCGCCACCAGCUGGUGGCCUACGCCCAGUGCUGCGAGGUGAUGGGGCCGGACGUGGACGUGCAUGCCUGGUUUGAGAGCACGCACGUGGUCGACGCUGCCAACCCGACACGCACAGUGCGCAUCGUCGAGCGCACGGGUCACUAUCGCAGCGCGCCCACGCGCCAUCUGCUGCGCCUCAUCGCGUCGCAGACCAUCGACGCCAGGACCUGGCGCACCAGCGGCGGCGGCGACCAGCAGCGGCUGGCGGUGGGCGACGUCAUAGUGCUUGAGAACCGCGACCUGCUCGACCACAUGAUCACGAUCUCGGGGCCGCAGCCACUGCCCGUCGUGGUGCUCGAGCGCGGCACGACCGUCGAGGUGGGUCCGCUGCUCACGCCGGGCACCUAUCGGGUGGUGUCCAACCGCAACCUGGUCAACACCAGCUUCGCGGUCGAGUUCGCCUUUGCCUGCACGGUCCACGCGCCCGAGCAGCCCCAGCUGCUGCCCGCGCGCCAGAGCUCUCAGGCUGCGGCCACUACGGCGGCGACUACGGAGGACCGGAUCCGCUUGAUGGCGCUGAUUGUGCUUCCUGUGGCGGGUGCCGUCGCGCUCGUGGCUCUGGUGGGCCUGGUGGCCUUCGUUCAGACCCGGCGGAAGGCGCAGCACAGCGCGUGCAACUUGGCAUAG